GCACAAAAGUCUGCUGAACGCACUCCACUCAGUAACCGAUACUCAACAUGUUUAGUAAGCGGACGCCAUUUUUUCCAUCAAACUUUUUCUCUGCUACUUCAGCUCAACAUGUUAUAAAACAAUAUGGCGGCAUACACGUGUAAGGUAUAAACACAAAUUCGAGAUUUAGUUUUCUCCAGUUUGUUUGUCGUUUUCUUUGCGAGAUAUUACAUCCUCUACAAUAGUUUCGUCCAUAAAAACUUUGAUCUGUGAUAUAUGAUAGACGUUUGUGCCUAAGAAAGCAACUAUAUCAUCGAAUCAUUCUAAGUAUCUGCGUUUGUAGCUGCUAGAAAUAGAGAAACCUAAACAGUUGAUUAAAUUACUGAUUAUGAAUCAUGGAAAAUGAGAAUCCUAACACUGAGACAUAUAGUAUUAAUUAUAUCGUCAAUAAUGCAGAAUAUUCUGUUACUGACACCCAUGAGGUUCACUCAAGACUACAGUCUGAUGCGGUUUUUUUGUCGAAAUAUUUUGACGAUAGCACAACUGCUCCAAUUUUGAAUUCUGUUAUAGAUGAUACUACUAACAAUACAAAUACUGGAUCUGAAAUAAAGAAUUUUUUGUGGACUCAGCGAUCAACAAAAUUGCUUUUGAACAGUUAUUUGGAACGUAAAGAUCGUUUUCGCGAUCCUAAAGUUAAAAAAAAGGUUUUGUGGACCGAAAUUCUUCAAAUUAUGAAAGAAAAUGGUUAUAGUGACUUAAAUGAAGAUCUCCUUGAUUGAAAGAUGCGCAACAUGAAAAAAUCUUAUAAAAAUAUAAAGGAUAAUAAUAAUAAAAAAACUAG